GGACGUCCAGCUUUACCCAGAGGAGGUAAAUGAAAACACAGGAGAACAAGAAGCUGAUCUCAGAAGGAUGAGCGAAGAGGAAGUGGAAAGUAAAUUUGGUGGCAGCGAUAACAACCAGGAAGGCGGCUACGACGAGGAUCAAGGAGAAUCCAACCACCUACGCAAGAAAAGGCGGUAUCAACGGCAUACCCAGUUCCAGAUUCAAGAAAUGGAAAAUUUCUUCAAGGAGUACCCACACCCUGAUGAUAAGCAAAGGAAGGUGCUGAGCAGGGAAUUGGGGUUAGAACCUUUGCAAAUCAAGUUUUGGUUUCAAAACAAACGCACCCAAAUUAAGAUGAGAAACGAGCGCAUCGAGAACACGCAGCUUCGAAACAACAAUGAGAAGCUUCGGGCUGAAAACAUUCUAUACAAGGAAGCCUUGAGCAACUCCUUCUGCCCUAGUUGUGGAAGCCAAGCUGAUUUAGGCCAUAUAUCACUCGAGGAAUAUAAUCUUCGUCUUGAGAAUGCUCGCUUACAGAAAGAAGCCGACGAGAUGUCAACUAUAGCAGCAAAUUAUGUAGGCAAGCCCUUGUUGGACCAAGUCAUGUCGCCUCCACUCAGUCCAGGUUCUUUUGAAAAUGAGGUUUUGGGCGGGCAGCCAAGUGCUGGAGAAGGGGAGUUAUUGUUAAGUGCACCAGGAGACCUAUUUGGGUCAAAUUGUGGACCUACUUCUGAGCAUUAUGAGAAGCAGAUGAUUUUUAAGAUGGCAGUGACUGCCAUGGAAGAAUUUACUAUGAUGGUCCAGAUUGGCGAUCCAUUGUGGAUACCGGGCAUUGAUAGCAACAGUUUUGUGCUGAAUGAAGAUGAGUACUUAAGGAUGUUUCCCAGAGCAGUCGGGCUUAAGGCUCCAGAUUUCAAACGUGAAGCUUCCCGUGGAGCUGCUAUUGUUCUAAUGCCCAGCAUCAACAUUGUUGAAAUUCUCAUGGAUGAGGAGAAAUGGUCGAAUUUUUUUUCUGUCAUCAUCGCAAGAGGUGUGAACAUUGAAACACUAUCAGCAGGAGUACAAGACUUAAAUGGAGCCUUGAAAGUGAUGAGUGGUGAAUUCCAAGUGCUUUCACCGCAAGUCCCAGCUAGGGAGUUUAAUUUCGUGAGGUACUGUAAGCAACAUGGCGAUGGGUCAUGGGCAGUGGUGGAUGCUUCGGUGGAAAGUUUGCGCCCUAGUCUAUUGGUGAAGAAUCGAAGAAGGCCAUCUGGUUGUUUGAUUCAAGAUCUGCCUAAUGGAUACACAAAGGUUACGUGGAUAGAGCAUGUCGAAGUGGAUGUCAGAGGUGUUAGUAACAUAUACAGGCCACUCGUCAAUUGUGGUCUUGCAUUUGGGGCAAAACGCUGGCUUUCAACUCUUAACAGGCAAUCCGAACGCCUUGCAAUAGUUCAGCCAACCAAUCUUUCUCCUAGCGAUGUUGCGAUUACUUCUGUACAAGGAAAGAAGAGUAUGAUGGAGCUGGCUGAGAGAAUGGUCAUAAGCUUUUGUGGUGGAGUGGGUGCAUCCGCUACUCACACAUGGACGACAUUAACUGGAAGCGGUGCUGAUGACAUAAGGGUCAUGACCCGAAGGAGCAUUGGUGAUCGAGGCCGCCCACCUGGCAUUUCUCUAAGUGCUGUAACUUCUUUCUGGCUUCCUGCUCCAGUGAAAGAAGUGUUUGAUUUCCUUCGCGAUGCUCACCAUCGGAAUGAGUGGGACAUCCUUUCCAGUGGUGGAGUGAUUCAAGAAAUAGCACAUAUCGCUAAUGGUCACAGAGCUGAAACCUGCAUAUCGUUAUUGAGAGUCAAUAGCAUUUUUGGAGAUCAGAACAACAUGCUGAUACUUCAAGAAAGUAGCAUUGACCCGACUGGCUCAUUCGUCAUUUAUGCUCCUGUGGAUGGUACUGCGAUGAAUACGGUGUUACAUGGGGGAAACCCGGACAAUGUGGCUCUUCUUCCGUCAGGAUUCGCUGUGCUGCCAGAUGGGCCAAGUCGACAUGGAAGUGGCAUUGGUGAGGCUAAUCCUGGUGGAUCUCUAGUGACAGUUUCAUUUCAGAUUUUGGUUGAUAGUACUCCAACAGUUACCAUCGGAUUUGUCGCGACUGUCAACAACUUGAUCACUUGCACUGUUGAAAGGAUUAAGGUGGCAAUGGAAAAUUAAAAUGUGUGAAUUGCAGAGGCUAUAUUAUAGUAAGUGAAGAAUAAGGAAAAAGAGAGAGCUGCUGGAUUAAUAGCUAUGGGGGAUGCAUGAGUAGAAGUCAAUAUCGCACCAUGUUUGUUUCUUUACAGUGUUUGGUGCACCUGAAGAAGCAACCUAGUCAUUUCAGUAAACAAAGCUAAAGAGAAGAAAAUAAAGACGACAUUGGUUUAUAUUAUGGGUUUCGUCAAAGCUUCAAGCUUUUUUACCAUUUUUUUUUUUUUUUGGUUUAGGGUCUUCAUGAGUGUGGUUUGGUCCUAUGCAGCAUCUUCUUCCUUCUUUUGUGUGUUUUUUAAGAUUGUGUGGUUUGAAUAACUUAAACCUGUGGUGAACUCUUUUUUCCAUUUCUUCUCAUCUUUUGUAAUGGUUUUGCUAUGGGUUUGUUUCGCUA